GACAAUCUCUUGAAAGGGAACGGAAAGCAUUCAGAAUAGCUACUGUUGUGCCUCUGUAUCAGCUCAAAGAUGACCUGUGCAUCAGGCUGGGCAAGAUGAAGGAUCAGCAGCUCAAUGACUGCAUGUCAGACUGGGAACAAGUAAAGCAACAGAUCAAUUCUGUGAAAGACCAACAAACGGAUGUAAUUGCAAAGCUUAAUGCAGAGUACCAGGACAUAGAGCAGGAGAUCAAGGACCUUGGCUUUGAGAAAUACUAUAUUGGUACUCCAUAUAUUGUGGUGAGACCAGAAACCAUUCCUGAGGAGGUUUUGAAUGCAGAUUGCCCUUAUCCAGAGCUGAAGGACUCGCUGAUCCAGGCCUUCCAGUCCCUCUCAGAGAGGUUCCAGGACAAAUUCCAGAGGCUGACGAAGCAGCUGCAAGAAAAUGACACGUUCUGUGACUGGAGUCCAGACGACCAUCAACGUUUCCAGUUCACAGCGUCUCUGUACACUCAUGAUGUUCCGAACUACAAAGCACUUUGCAUUGACAUGCUGCAGAGACAGUUCCCUGACAGGACACGACUCGAACUGUUGCAACACGGACGUAGCUGCGACAUGCAUCGAUUCAUCCAGAAACAAAUAAGAGUCGUGACCCACCAGUGGCAGCGAGACAUGCAUGAGCUCCUGGACAGGGCCCUGGACACGCUGCAGGAGGCGAAACACGCCCACCAGGAGGAGCUGGAGCACCACAGAGACCGCCAGCAUCAGCAGGACAUCUGCCUGCAUCUCAGAGAGAAAGUUGGUGUCUCUUUUACUUUCACCUCUUGRUCGCCCUGUGAUUAGCACACAUCUGUUAGU